AUGCAUCUCACCACCACCACCACCAUCCUCUCUCUCCUCCUCCCAACCCUCGCCCUCUCCGCCACAACAACCACAUCAACCCCCUCCUCAACCAUAAUCAGCCACUUCGCCGCCCGUUACAGCCUCACCUCCAUCCCAAUCUACACCUCCACCAGCUACGCCGCCAGCGUAAUCUCCCUCAACGCCGUCGCUACAACCUACCAAAUAAACUGUCUCCCCUCCGCGCCCACCAGCGACUGCAGCCUCGCCAGCCCGCUAACCCUAAUUGCCGGCCCCAACACCUUCAGUUUCGCCGAGCCCUUCACCGCCAGCGUUGAAGUCGCCGGCGUCACCGUGAUCGAGAAGGGUACUGAGGAUCUGGCUUGUUCGUUUACCCAUUCGUCCGAGUCGGCUACUUGCACGGUGAAGUUGACUGUGACGGCAUCGGGCGCGGGGAAGACUACUACGACGAGUCAUUCGACUAAGGCCGGGAUUCCGACGGAGAGUGUGGGGUAUCAGACUUUGACUGUUACGGGGGGUUUGGAGAGUUUUACGGCGCCGGCUGCGACGGAGACGCCUAAUGUGGGUGUGGCUGGGAGGGCGAUGGUGACUGGUGUGCCAUUGGGGGCAGCGGUUGUUGCUGUUGCAGUCUUGUUGUAG